GCCAAUAGUAAUCGUGCGGUGCCUUUGAGAACACGGUACGGUCUCUCUCGUCAGUCUCCUUUCUCGUGGUGCGUUUUUACACGUCACGUCGUAAAGGGCGAAGGAAACGAAGGGAAGAGCGACGAGCCUUACGUACCGAACGUCGCGUCGUUCACGAAGAGAAAGAAUAUCCGUAGACCGGGGAACUGUCGUGAGAGGCAAGGGACAACCGUGAAGGAAAACAGCGGACAGGUCCGGAACCAGGGUUCCUAGCACCUUGCAACACUCGCCUGUCGCGUCUCUGUUUCCGUGCUAUCGUGUUCGAAAGACGCGGAGAAGCUGCAACUCUUCUUUGGUACCAGGAUUCCGCAGCGGGAGCCGCGCAAGACGAGCUUCAUCAACGCAACAACACCAGGCACCGAGAGAGGAGAGACUCAGCCGGAGCGGUUACAUCAACGAGGAUUUAAGGGUGGAACGUGACUACUAUUCGAGGAGGGAAAGGUCCAAGUCAGAAGGUAGAGAUCCAGCGUGACGGACGGAAGGACAAGGAUCCAUCCGUGUCCUGAAGACGUCAGCAGUUUGGUAGGCUUGUUUCAUCGUGGGCGAGCAACAGCGAACGGGAACGUCGCCAUGCCGGCAGGUAUUGGCGCUUCGUACAGGUCGUUAGGCGACCUGGGCGAAGACGUGUACAAAAGCACAACGAUCGUCGACCAAACACAGACCACCGGGCAGAGCGUCCUCGAGAGUGUCAAGAAGGCUUUCAGUUUCGCUUCGCCGAAGGUCGAGCUGAGGAAAAAGGACCCGCUGAUCGAGGACCGCCGUGAGAGCGUCUCGAUCGUCUCAAGCACGAUGCCCUCAGAUAGUAUGGAUGACAUCGAACUGAAAAAUAUUCAGCUGCAAUUUCCCGCGCUAAGAUACCUAUCGAGAGAUGACAGUUCCGUGCGGGAGGAGAGAGUGGAGACGGAUAAGGGAAGUCUGCUGGUGGCUGUGCAAGGGAAUAGAGCGAAACCUGCCAUUCUCACUUAUCACGACUUAGGCCUUAACUAUAUAUCGAGCUUCCAGGCGUUCUUCAAUUACAUCGACAUGCGAGUUUUACUCGAAAACUUCUGCGUUUAUCACGUGAAUGCACCGGGUCAGGAGGAAGGUGCACCUACGCUGCCUGAGGACUACGUCUAUCCGUCCAUGGACGAGCUGGCAGAACAGAUGCUGUUCGUUCUGGGCCAUUUUGGCCUGAAAUCCGUAAUCGGUUUUGGAGUCGGCGCCGGAGCUAACAUACUGGCGAGAUUCGCACUUGCUCAUCCUGAGAAGGUCAAUGCCCUCUGCUUGAUAAACUGUGUAUCGACGCAGGCAGGUUGGAUCGAGUGGGGCUAUCAGAAGCUGAACGUUCGUCACCUGAGAUCCCAGGGAAUGACUCAAGGUGUAUUGGACUAUUUGAUGUGGCAUCACUUUGGCAGGGGCACGGAGGAGAGGAAUCACGACCUCGUUCAGGUGUACAAGAACUACUUCGAGCGUCGCGUGAAUCCAACGAAUUUAGCUCUACUCAUCGACAGCUACGUCCGCCGUACAGAUCUGAACAUCACGAGGGAAUUAGACCCAACGCGUAAGAAGGAAGGUCUCACUCUCGUUGUACCUGUCAUGAAUAUUACCGGAGCACUAAGCCCACACGUCGAUGACACCGUCACGUUAAACGGCCGAUUAGAUCCUACGAACAGCUCUUGGAUGAAGAUUUCUGACUGCGGAAUGGUGCUGGAGGAACAGCCGGGCAAAGUAAGCGAGGCCUUCCGACUAUUUCUGCAGGGCGAAGGAUAUGUGGCACCGCUCUCACCACUGAAAAUGGCUGACUACAGACUGGCCUCCCUCGAGGGACUGAAUCACGUAUGCAGUAAGAAAAUCGACUGGCCCACCGCGACUAUACACAUCACCGAGAAUCCCAUAUCGGAGGCGGUCGUUUGUUAAAUCUCUCCUCCGACAAAUCUCACAAUGAUCGCCAUUGAUUUGUUCUCGAACGACGAAAAAGGAAAAGAAAGAAAGAAGCACGCAAGAGCUGAGAAAAAGCAUAUAACGAAAGAAAGAAAAAGAAAAGAAACAAACCACGCGAAUCGAACAUCGACUUCUUUAAAGGUUUCGUCGGGGCAACGAUCGACGUGGCUCUAACAUUUUAAUUUCUCAUUCUUUUUUUUUUUUUCCGUUUUUCGUCCAAC